AUGCAUCAAAAAUUGGUGGAGAAGCAGCCAACACUGCAAGAAGCCGAUGCCAAAGUGAAACGAAAGUUCCAGGAGCACCAACAUACUGUUCCCGGUGUUUUCAAGCGCUUGGCCACACCGAAAGCUUCGAAAGCGCGUUGUCCAAGGAUGGGAACCAAAUCGACCAUUGCUGGAUAUAAUUUCAAAAAUGCUGAUGCCGAUCCAACGCAAAUGGAUUUUGCAUUCUCGAAGAUGUUUGGUAGUAAAAAAUCUACUACUGCUACUACUACUACUACCACUACUACUACCACUGAAAAUGCUUCACCCCCGUCCAGAAUACCACGUCUUCGUAGACAGCGUGAACCAAAAAUGGAUGUGAAGCAACUGACGAGAAAUUUGCGUCGAUCCCCUCGGAUCGCUCUGUUGGCUCAGCAGCGUAAUGGAUUAGCAAAAGCGAAUGCAGCAGCAAAAGGAUCUGUAAAAGCUCCUCAGCUGAGCACCCGUCUACGAAGGCUGGCCACUCCAAAAGGAAGAAGUCUUGACAGUGUUCCGUUAACUGGAAGUGAGGAGAAGUUGUUGCGCAAGUGUGGGCGCAAAUAUGUGCCACGACGUGGCCCUUUGACGCCUUUCGUUGAUACAACCGCAAUGACUGAUCAACAGUUCCUGCAAGCAAAAAAUGAAGGAAAAAUUCCAAUGCUUACAUCCAUUUCUCCGUCCAGAAUCCGUAUUAGGCAAGAGGUUUGUCAGAAGCGUCAAACUGCUCGCGAACGGGCUUUGAACAGAAAACGCGGUUUAUGCUAA